AUGGGCCCUUAUAGUUUUUGCUGUCUCACUUAACUGUGAAUAGCCUCUUAUGAGUAACACGGGGAAAAAAAAAAAAAUAUAAAAUAAAAUUAAAAACAAUCUUUCCUUUCUUCAUGAUAAAAAAAAAAAAUCAAAAAAAAAAGUUCAGAAAAGAUAUUUUCCUGAGAUUGAAAACGAGUGUAUGUGCACAUUAAGAUUUCUGUGUUGAAAUUGUGUCUUGCAAAAAAUCAAGCACACAAGUUAUAACUUGAUUCAAAGGCUAAUACGUUUACUAUGGAAAACAACACGCUCUCAACCUACUUAAAGGUGAAAAAACCAAGACUUUCCGGAAAUAGUUUGAAGGCGCUCAAAGAAAAGCUUCGAAGACAAAAAAAAAAUUUCCUUAAAAUUCCCCGAUUCAGGCUGUUAGGUGUAGGUGAAUGUGCAAACAUAAGCGUCAAUGUUCAGGACCGCAUUCCCAUUUUUCUCAAGGAUAUUCAACACUUGCUGUUGUAUUGUGUUAUGGGCAACAAAUCGCCUUAUCUGCCCGAUAGGUGGUGCAAACUUGAGAAGUAUAACCAAGUCAAGCAUACCAUUGUCUGCAUUUUGGAAGGGCUGUCCCUUGAUCACUAUGUGUCCAAUCAGUCGAUUUUUCAACACCUCACUUCCAAGUUAGAUUAUGGGUUAGAGCUUAUUACUCCUGCAGUGUAUGGUGGCUCGAUCAUUGAAGAACUGGUUGCUGUACCCCUUACUGGAAUAGAGAAAUCUCGGUUACUUAGAAAAUUUGGCUCUAUAGAACUAGCUUUGGAAAAGAAUCAAAACAUAGUAAAACUUUUCAAAGCGAUUUUUCCUUUGCAAACAGUAAUGUCUUCAAAUGUUGAUACAAAAGAAAAUGUUCGUUUGCCAGCAACUGACAAGUUUCCAAGGACUGAGUUGUUACUUUCACCUUAUCAACUUAUAGAAGAAAAUUAUCCCAUUCCGCUGAAAGGUGGUCUUGCUAAAAAGUAUGAGAAUUAUGUAAUGACUAAAGAUACAUAUGCUGAGGUAAAUUCAGAAUCAAAAAUGUAUGGUAUAGAUUGUGAGAUGUGUAGGACAACUUUGGGUUCACUAGAACUGACCAGAAUAUCUAUUGUAGAUGAAGCAUUAAAUGUAGUUUAUGAUACUCUUGUCAAACCAGACAAUAAAAUUACAGAUUAUCUUACUCCCUAUAGUGGUAUUACCAAAGAUAUGUUAGAAAAGGUCACAACAAGAUUAUCUGAUGUACAAGACUUUAUAAGAAUUUUCCUUCCUGCUGACGCAAUCAUUGUUGGACAGAGCCUUAAUUCAGACUUCAAUGCUUUGAAAAUGAUGCACCCAUAUAUAAUUGAUACAGCAGUAAUAUUUAAUGUUACAGGAGACAGAUAUCGAAAAACAAAAUUGAAGGUACUUGCCUCGACGUUUUUGAAUGAAAAUAUUCAAAAUAAUAAAGCUGGACACUGUUCAGCGGAAGAUGCUACAGCUUCUUUAAAAUUGGUUCAGCUCAAGUUGGCCAACAGUAUUGAUUUUGGUGAUUCAAUAUUAAUAGAGAAGUCACAUUUUAGCUCUUAUAUGUCUGAGUUAAAAAAAGACAAAAGAACUAUGAAAUCAAAAUACGAAAAUUGUAAUUUCACUGUGGGAUCUUCAAUUUUUAACCGCACUACCAAUGCUGAAACAGGGCACAGCAAAACUGCAGGGAUUUUUGGAUGCACAGAAGUAAUGAAUAAUUAUUCUAAAUUUAUGAAAAAUUCGAACUUAAAAAUAACGUAUGGUAAUGACUUCCAAGUUGGGGAUCACGUGCGUCUUGUAAUCUCGGAAAGCAAUCGUGAAUUAGUAAAGAGGUGUUCACAGGUGGCAGCAGAGCAUGCUCUUAGUUUCCUUCAUGUUACAUUGAAUAAUGAUGAUUUAGCAGAAGACAAUGUUGCUAAAACUCUACAUUCUGUUGAUAAGUGGAUUGAAAAACUUUGGAAACACACCAAGCAAUAUGGGAUGUUGUGUGUUUUAUUUAGUGGAAAAAAAAAUUCCUCAACUGGAGCUUGCUUUUUGAGCAUCAAAAAUGAAAUUAAUACUGAAGAUGUUUCUAAAGUAUAGAUAAUCUAUUAACACUGCCAUUCCAUGUAUUCAAUAAAUAUAGUUAUGGGGUUGCGUGCCCCAUGCACGAAACACGGGAAACAGCAUUAGUAAGGUCACGAUCACACAUCUACAAAAUACAGCUAUAGAUUGUGAAAAGCGGCGAAGAGUAUAAAGUUCUCCCACUAUCUGUCGAUCUCAUUUGUGCAGCAAUUAUUGCAAUUUACUUUAUUAUGAAAACAAUGAUAACUUGAAGUGUAAAGAAUUUAUAGAAAAAUGAAGACACCUAAACGCAAACAAAAAAGUAUAAACGUGUAUUCUUACUUCGAAUUUUGCAAGAGUAUCUAGUCUAUUGUUCCCGUAUAACCAGAUGCAAGUUAUGUUCUGGGAAGAUAAGAAAAAAGGUACAUCUCAUUUCCUCAUAACUACAGGGGCUUUUGUACAACUGCAUUAAUUUUGUGCUAUGGUACAGAAUAUAUUUUAAACAAAUUUUAAUGUUAAAAUUACAAACUCACAUGAAAAAAAUUAAGGUGUUCUUGAGCCACUGAUCCAAAGGGAAGUAUUUUUUUUCUACAUUCCCUGUUUAUACACAACAGGUACUAUAAAAUAGAUUCAAAAUUUUCUAAAGAGAUGAAACGAUAAUAAUUAUUAGUUAUUGUAAAUAA